UCUAUGGCAGCGAGGUGGCUUAAACAGCCGGCCACAGGGCUAGCCGCCCGAGGAAUGGAACAGACUCGGGAAGAAAAAGAAGCAACCUUGGCAAAGAGAAAAGUGCCGUCCCUAGCAAAGCAACAGCCUUUGGGAACUUUCACAGGACCUGAAGCCGUGGGAUAGAAAUGACCAAAGGUGACCCGGGCAAAUUUGAAAGAUGAGACGGAGUCCACUGCAGUGCAACCGCAGCCGUCUGAUAAAAGCCAGGUUCCAGCUGAACUUGGACGGGUGCCUGGCAGAAGGGGAAAAGUUAGUGCACUGAAGCGGUCAAUAAAAGGAAGGAGACAAUGGAACAGUUCACAGAGCUCACUAGCAGACAGAAGCUACGACUUGCUCGCAGGAAUCUGAGCAAAAACGAAUUUCAAGGUGAAAAAGCAAGAUUACGCAGGCUCACAAGCAUUGAUGCAGGCACGCAUGGAAUUUCCCCGAAGUGCAGCAUGUACAGGCACUCCGCAAUUCGCCUCGCACGCUGACAACAACAGGCACUGUGGGAAGAAAUUCAGUUUUUACAAGCGCAGGUAACUUCCCCCACUCAUAGAGUCGGGAUAAAAAUCCAGGGUUCAGGUUUCCAACUACUCAAACCCAUGGAAGCAUGCCCUGCACUCAGCUAAAAUGCAUUCUUCUGUCUGAGAUAGUUUUACAUACCGGUAUGUUUUCCUUUGUAGCUUUUUUCACUGUGCUAAAUUUGCUGCUGGCUGUAUUUUAGGGGAACUUGAACAGUUAAACUCUCUCGACUCGAGUCUCUUUACCUUCUCCCGACUCUCCCUCUCUCUGUUAAAAGUUAGUUUUUAAUAGAAACUUUCAAAAUAGAACAUAAUUCAAAAUAGAACAUAAGAAAGAAAACAGAUAAGGUAAAAUUUUACUUUAAAUAAUUCCCAUAAAUUAAUUAUUUUCAUGCUUCAGGAAUGCAACAGCUGGGAUUACUCCCAACUUUCCUGAAGAUAAGGUGGCGUUGGUACCUUGUCAACGCGGGCCAUAGUGCGCAGUGGUGUAACAUUGGACUGAUCUCUGUUACCAACUGGUAGAGCUUUGCAUUUGGCAAUAAACCUGCUCGAUUGAUUUCAAACCUGGCCUGCAUCCGUCGUUUCCGGGGUCUCUCAAAGUUCUCCUGUGUUGAUCCAAGUGCAUGGGGUGUAACGCUCUAGAUAAAGGAAGUACCGAUUGUUAAGCACGCAGCCGAAAGUUUCUCAUCACCGACGGAGCAUAGGUCCUGUCAGGAGCGCGCCAGGGUGACCCUGAGCAGGUGAUGCUGUUCCUGACAGUUCAGACCACCGAAGGUACCGAGGUACUAAACUGAAGUACGACAGUUUUCAUGUUUGAAAACCGGAGAGAUUUUUUUUUCGGAGGUGAGCGAUUUUCUAACCAAGCCCAGCAGUCACUCUGCGUGCAAACACGGACAGAAUCGCAACAGGAGAAAUGGGGAUUAUCUGAGAUCGUUAAUCUGGACGUUUUAGUCUGUGUCUAUUCCACGUUUUCUUGGCUUUGGAACCACGACAGCCUUGGGUGAAAAGCGAAAACAAAUUCUCUCCUUUCAGCGUCCACUGCGACAAGAAAGCCCCAUUUUCACCCUCGACGUUGCUACCGUCUCAAACUGUCGGCCCAAGAUUUGAGCCUGGCAGUAUUUGGUGCUGGAACAUGAAGGCGAUUCCUUGUGGGGAAAGGCCAGCGUUUCUUUUAAACAACUCGCUAGCCUUCUAGCAUCUUGGGCUGCGGAGAAACAUUCAAACGGCUCAAACGGCAGAAAGCCAAAUAGCGAGUCUUUUUAAAACUGUGAUUUUUAGGCAAAUCUCCUGAUUUUUUGGGGGCAACUAAAGGAUGGCCCAGGUUAGCAAUGCUGCUCCUGAACGUUCACAGGACAAACUGGGCUCUCACAUCAAAGAUUAUGAGCUGCUGGGCGCAGGAGGUCCGGGUUUCCCAGCCCGGCUCUGUGCGGGCCCCCGAGGGCGGCUCCGUCACCCUGCCCUGCCGGUACAACAGCAGCCGGCCGGCGGCGCUGGGCAGUUACCGCUGGGUGAAGGAGGAGGCGGGCGCCCGGCUGGAGGUGAGCGACGCCACCCUGCAGUUCCGGGGCCGGGUGAACGGCACCCCCAGCCGCAGCUUCCUGCAGGACCGGCGAGCAGACGUGCGGCUCCGCGACCUCAGGCCCUACGACGCCGGGACCUACCGGUGCUGGGUGAAGAUCCCCACGGUGGGAGAGGGGGAGGGGAACGGGACCCGGCUCCUGGUGGUGAAAGCGGACACCCCCUCACUCCCCCCGGACUCCCCGGCACUGGGCACCCUCGGCUUGUGGCUGGGCACCGCUGUGGGGGUCGCUUUCGGAGUUGCCGUCCUGCUUUGGAUCUGCCGCAAGCGGAGAAAAGACAGGAGAGACGCACGACCCCGGACGGAAGCCCUGGUGCAACCCCCACGGUUCCAGGCGGCAGGCGGCUACAUCUUGUCCCCACAGAUUGGUGACCGGCUGGAUUUGAUCUGCCCGCGCUCCCGCCCACCUGGCCCCUUCUCCACAGAUGAGUAUGAGUUCUACAAGCUGUACCUGGUGCCAGUGGAGCAGGCGCGGGCCUGCGAGAUCCUCCGCAUUCCCAACCUGCUGCUGACGUGUGACCGUCCUGAGCAUGAUGUGCGUUUCACCAUUAAGUUCCAGGAGUACAGCCCCAAUCUUUGGGGACACGAAUUCAAGAGCAAUCAAGAAUAUUACAUCAUCAGUGAGUACUCAGAUGCCUGGGAUCUUGCUUGCUGGGAGGAGAGCGGGGACUAG